AUGGCUACGGAUGGAGGAAGUUGGAACAAUUUGCCCAGUGUGAUUUUGCUAGAAGUCUUCAAGUAUCUGCCUCGAAACGACACGAUUAGCGCAUCCUCGACCUGCAAGCAAUGGCGGCAGCAUUUGUACCACGCAACUUUGUGGAGAAAUCUAACGUUUAACAUAAAUUCGCACCAUGAAGACACGGUCGCUCGGAACAGAUAUCUCGCCAGCUGUUUUGCCAAGAAGCUGCGUAGUGCCACCGUCAAGUUCGAUUCUCUAGAUCCAGUAUGUGUCGAGGAGGCAGCAAGAGUUGUGAAAAAAUUGAGCAAGAACACAGAACUCCGAAAGUUCCACCUGAUGCCCAGCAAUUGUCAUUCGGAGUACUCGGGCCGCUGCGAAGCUCUGAAACAGUUCUGUGGGAGUAAUGGACUACAAAUGUUACGUAAGAUCGCCACGUCUAGUCUGUAUAUGGAAGAACUUACCCUAGGCUGUAUGGAAGAUGCCACCUCUUAUUCCAAAGAGCUUCUUCACACUCUUGUCAACUAUCAGUCUGCUUCAUUGCGUGUGCUGGGGUUGGCCACUCUGAAGGAUGAUCCAGAUGACUACUUGUUACCAGAACUUGACAGUUCUCUAUUUCAAAAUUUCCGUCAUCUCCAGAUUUUGAGCAUUGAUUAUGACAAUGUUGAUGACCGUCUGUUGCUGGCCCUAAAUACAGGUCACAUGAAGAGACUCAUGGUACAUGUUCAUGGCAUUGCAGAUUCUCAUCCUAGCACAAGUGAUGCUGCCUGGAACACAUUCAGACUUUCCAACCCAAAUUGUGAGCUGCGUCUCUCUUUGAUUCAUUCAUAUGAUGCUGUUGGUGUUCUUCACAAUUCUAUUCUUCGUCCUUGUAUGCCUUUGACUCAUCUAAGGGCAUUCUUCUGUGAGCAGAUCAAUGUUUAUGCUUUGCAACAAGCUUCCCAGUGGUAUGCCAACACUUUGCGUUCUAUCCAGUGGGUUGACUCUCUACAAUCUGCCGCUACCAACACUUUGCUAGACCUAGGAGAACAGAUGAUGACUAACCCAAUUGUGAUGUGUGCUUGGCGUUGUGUGAAGCUGGAAGAAAUCACUCUGUUUGGUUACAAGCUGUGGGAUUUUGAGUUGUAUGCCCUUUUCAGUCUUCGGAAGUCACUAUAUAAUUUGGAUAUGUGGGAGGGUGACAUUUUGAUUGACCAGCAUUACAGUAUGGAAAAGCUUGAGCAGGAUCUGCAGAACAAUGUGGGACAUGUGUGGAAGCCAAGAAGCAGUGCAAAACUACAUGAGGUCAUCCUAAACCCAGAAAAUGGUGACUCUGAUGAGUAUAUUCUCCCAUUUGUUACAAGUGAUCUUGUGGCUUAGUGCCAAUGAUGACUAGUUAAUUGCCUGAUGUGACAUGGUCAGUCAAUCCUGAGACCUUUCUGAUCAUGUCUGUCAUAUAAGUUGUAAAAUCAUAUGGGAGAAAGGAAUUUCUGCAUUUUCAAUACUUUUGUUAAAUUUUACAUUCCUUUAAAUUUUAUUGUGUCUGUUGAUUCCUUCUUGAAUGAAAACACUGCUUUGUUUCAUUUCUAGAACUUUUCUUUGUUACUACCAGCAGCAAUUACUUUGUUUGUGAACGCAGGCCCAAAAGGCUUAUUAUUUAUAUAUUUAUAUGAGUUCUGAGUCGUUGAAUUUACAGCAGUUUCCUUUCUCCUAAUUCGUCAGUCAGUCGGGCUGUGUAAUGUACAAAGUCAUCUAUAAAGAUCGUAAUAUUUGUCAUAGUUCAAUUGUUGAAAGACAAACUGAAAGGGCUGUGUGAGCAAGAAGUGUACCAUGUUUUUAACUGAAACAAGUUGGGUAGGGAAGAAAAACGAACUGUGAUCUUGUUUGAAGUAACCACCUGUUGUUGAAAGAUUCAGAUUUUACUUGACCCCAAAUCUGAGGGGAAUGACAAUUAUUGUUAAAUCUUAAUUCCUGUUGGGCCAGUUACAUUUGUGUAUGUAAAUCCAUUCUUUGUCCGAGAGAUGCCAUUGUUGCAAAUGUGUUUGAAGGAGAUUUUAUUAUAUUUUGUUAUUAACUAUUUAGGUGUCACAUUCAAAAAGCAGUAGUUUUCAGAUUCAUUCUCUGUCAAUUCCCUUCUGUAACCUUGUAUUUUUCUGAAUCAGUUGAAUGGAUUAGUUUUAUGGAACUGCCAUUGAUGACAAGAUGUACUUCCAUCCAUGAUGCCAUAUUGUAUUGCUUAAAUCUGAAUCUUGUCUUGACAAACUGGUUUAUCAGAAAGUACUUCUAUGGAUGUUGAGCUAUUAGCUAUUACUAUGAAGAUGAUUAUCCUAUAAAGAAAUUUUCAGAGAAAGAUGAUUCACCUUGUUUGACUUUCUUUAAAAUAAUUUUCUUAUCAUUUUAUGGGAAUAUUUGUUAUGCCUUUGUUUGGCAAGUAUUAUGUUUUUGAAUUUUGUGGAUUGUUCAGCAGGUGCACCAGACUUUUGAUAUGUCUUACCGUGAUCGAAUUUCACUCUCCGUUUUCUACCACUGGAGACGUAGGGAUUUAUAAGCAUAUACCAAAGACCAAAGACAAAUGCUGGUGUACCAAUUAUGUGUGUUAAAACCUAUUUUUGUCAUUUUGUUUGCCAUCAUACUAAAUUGGUUGUAAUUUUAUCUUAUGUUUUUCAACUGAGCAAAUGAGUUCAGAUAUGCAUUUCUAUCAGAAGAGGUUUUGUCCUAGCGUUUUCCCUGUAAUUUCUCUUAUAUCACUGAUUCUUGCAUUUCUGUCCAUAGGUUAAUUUAUUUUCCUUUUUUUAAACAAUGGUGUACGUUAAAUGUGCUGUUGGUCAAAUCCUUGUUGAAUGUUGCAUUGAUUGUUGUUUCCUACACACAUUAAGAGUUUUCAAUCUGAUGAACCUUUUCUAUUUUUAUAUGAUUAUUAUGUUGUGAGAGGUGUGUGGUAUAAUUUUCCUUUUUACGGGAAUAAUUUUUAUUUUACAGUAUUUUUCUGGUGUAUGAGUAUUUUUGGGGCUUGCCUUCCUAAUGCCCUCUUCAAACUGUGUUUUUCGUCUGCUAAGCACACCAUACCAGAAAUAACUUCCCAUCUAUAUUAGUCAUUAAUAUAUUUGACAUUGUUGGUGUGCUAGUUCCUCUCCUUGCUCUGAACUAGCUCUGCGAAGCAAUGCUGUUCAAAGCUUAUGUGAUGUACUUAAUCGAGAUUUGUUUUAAAAACCUCAAGCAGGCCUUGAGUUAACAUUGAGCACUAAUUGUUUUUUUUUUCCUGUUGGAAUCAUCUCUCAUAUUGUGUCUCUUAAAGUGACAUCUUUCUCUGAAUUUUUCCCAUUACUUAUAUUUUUGAACAAGUGAAAGAUCUAUUAAUCUAAUUGUAUGGUAGCAAGUGUCCAUAUGUCCUAGUUAUUAAAUCAGGACUUCAAGAUUACAUUCUGGACCAAGCAUAGAUAUAAAUAUUGUCCUUUAAACUUUGUCUAAUGUGGAAAAGAUUUAGCUUAUUGCAAGAUCGUGUUGAGGGGCUAGUUGCAGGAUUUGUCAAUGUGGACCCCACCAGAGGCUGGAAGAGUUAUCUGUGACAGCCCUUUUCUGUGUCGAUAUGGUGGUCACUGGCCAUCUUCUCAAACGUUGGUCUAACCCAAAUAAUCCAACUCAUCUUAGGUUAGACCAUGAAAGGGAACUGAGUGCUUUUGCAUUCAUCAAUGAAUGGUUAUAUUUAAUUUGAUGUAGUGCAGUUAUCAAAGAUGUUUGCACUUAGUGGAUGUUAUCUGAAUUAUUAAUUAAAUUUUACGGGGAUGUUCUCCUCUUACACAAGCUGUAUUUAUGUGCUUGAUUAUCUUCUCAGGUAAAACUCCUUGGAUAAUGAGGACAUCUGGGGAUCAUAUUUGUAUUGUUUGGACAGACAUGUAAUCUAUUUCUCCACUUAAUGUGAUAUCCUGAAGAUUUAAAAGAAAGAAUCUUGGUUGGAGUUUAUUCAGGGGCAAAUGUGUACAUUUUAUUUUUAUCGUGUAAUUGGUUUAUUGGCUCUAGGCAUAUAAGCUUUACUGUUUUAAAGGCACCUCAUCCAAGCUACUCAUUGCAUUCCAAGUUUGGAAUAAUGCUUUUUCUUUUGUACAGAAAAUUUAUUGGAGAGACGUUUUCCCACUCCAGUUGGCCACAGAUUUUUUUUUAUUUGAAAUGUGGUCCUUCUUAUUUGUAACAGGGUUAUUGCUCUUGAAAACGGAGCCAAAAGUAAUAUUUGUUUGUGUGGUGCUAGAUGUUGUAGAUGAACCUUAAUGGGUGCUGAUAUAAAUCUUUGCUUCUGUAGAGUUUAUUAUAAAAGAUCGUUUUGAGAUUUUGAUUUUGUAUUAUAGCUUGAUGUACAGAUAAUUUUAUGUCUUCAGAGCAAAAUAUCAAUUUGUUUGUCUCACUGAAGUUAAUAUGAAGUUACAAUUGAUCUAAAGUGGUAUUGUAUGUUGAUAAUCCUUGAAAAGUUUAUUGUUGAAAUCUGAAACUAUUGAUGUUAGAUGUUAUGCUAUAAGAUUCUCUUCUGUUGACAAUUAUUGUGCUCUUGUCUCAAGUUGCCAUCUUAGUGGCUGGGAAAGUACUUCCAAACGAUUUUCCUCUAAAUGACCAUCAGUACUUUGUUCUCCAUUAGUUGGAGCGUUUAUGUUAGUUUUCAUAGGACCUAUUUUUAUUAUUCGGAGGUCUUGUUGUGAUUAUUUUCCUUGUUUGUCAUCCCUGAUAUUUAUUAUGCAGUUGAGCAUGCAGUGUCUGGCAAGUUGAUUCGGCCUUUCACACCAACGUUUUGGGGGCCACACAGUUAUGCAUUAUGUUGAUACCACUGUAGAUGCAACUGGUAGUACAACUCAGGUAUUAUAUUCCUGUGCUCCAUCUGAAAUCUGACGUAUAUAUAUUUUUCUACAAAUGUGAAUGACAUGUGUGUGCCAAAUGUGGUUACACAUUUUCUUAAGUAAUAGGCACUACUCCUGCCAUUAUCAUCAAGAGCUGACUGAGUAUUUUUGCUCUGUAUGGAACAGUUCAUCAUUUUAUCACUUGUUUCCAUCGAAAGGAAAACUAUUUUUUAUUCAUAAUGUGAGAGGAAAUGCCUUGUUUUCCCAAAAGCUGCUCAAUUUGAGAGAGGAAGUAGAGAAGUAGUUGUCUUGUUUUCUUUGACAGAACGUGUGGAUGCUUCAUGCAUAUUUUUAUGGUUUAGGUCUCAUUAAAUUUUGCUGUUGUUCCUCAUUUUACUCCUCCCCUUCUCAAAAAAUAUUUUGAAAAGUCACUUUUGCAGUAUUAAUAUUUCUCAGCAAUGCUUUGAUUGGUCUUGACUCCUUUUUAGUAGUGAUAUACUUGUGUCCAUUUUGUGAGAACCAUCUAGAUUCUAAACAUGAACGCUGUGUCCUCUCUUUUUUAUGUUGCUGUGUGUUCUUGAAUUAUACAACUGCAACUGAUGUAAAAUAUAUUUAUCUGAAUCUGAUUGCCUUGAUUUUACAUGCGUGUUAAGAUUCAUCACAAUAUAAUGUUCUGAUCAAUUGUAUAUUCUAUAGAUGUGUGUAUAUGUAUAUGUAUAUUAGAUGGCUGUUAGGCUCUUCUGUUUGUGUGCUGUAGUCUAGGGAAAUUGGUGGGAGGAUCUUCUAUAUUCCUCUAUUUUAAUGUGCUGCCUGUCUUUUGCUUUCUCUUCCUCAUUCAAAAUGAAGAGGGACUACCUAUUAUUUCCAUACAAAUAUUUUUGUGGUGAAAAGACUUAUGGUUGAGGGUAUAUUUUUUGUUAGAUAUAUGAUCAAAUGGAAUCUGCAAUAGGAAGUGAAGCCAGUUUGCAUCCAUUGUAUCCAAUGAGUGAAUUUCUCAAUGUUGGAAGCUCACAUAGAACUGUUCAUCUAAGUUUACUAAUUAUGUUUUUCCAAAGACAAAUCUAUAUAUUACAACUCUACAUAUAAAGACUAACAUUUAGCAAGGGGAUCCUUUUAAAUAUUGUUACCAACUUUUCCCCUCCUUUCAUUUUGUUAAUUUUAAUCAUCUUAUAACUGUACUGUAGAUAUUAUCAAAUGUAUACUGUGCUUUAUGUGUGGAUUUGUCAAUUUGGCCAAAUGUGUAAUUUAUCAUUUGGAAUAGUUGGUUCCUACCAACAAUUUGAUGUAAUUGAUGUUUAACUUACUUUUCCUCCAGAUUGUUUUGCAUUUGAAAACACAUUUUCCCACUCCUCCAGGGUGUGCAUACUAAAGGCAGUUCUUUCACCUUAAUUUUCUCUAAAAAAUGCAUUUUAUUUUCGUUUAUGAUACAAAAUUUAAAAGCACCUUGUUACUCUUGGGAGGCCUCAUGUUCUUGUGCUGCUAGAACACUUUGCAAUUUCAAAUUUGUGGAAAGAACUUUGUGUGCUCACACAUUUGCUCAACUUUAUAGUUCAGGACUAAAUUACAGUAAGACCAAAAACUAAGAUGUGUGAUCCAUGUACUUUCAAGAGUGUCGGGGGUGAUAAAUGUAGUUGAAGUUUAAUCGGUUUAUGUGCUCAGGAGCAGACAAACUUCUGAGUGGAAGUUACAUAAUGGCCUCUCUAGGACAGAUAACAUGUAGACAUUGUAAAAUAAUUUAGAGGAGAGGGUGAGGGAGAGAGAGAGAGCGAGAGCGAGCGAGCGGGUGCGCGUUUAACAUCUGUGAUAUUGUAGACACUAGUGAACAUCCGCUAGUUCUGUAAAAGCUAAGGGUGUGCUCCUAAGUGGAGAGUUUAAUCUGUUCUGUUUGAUUCUAUUCCCAGUGUAAAUCAGGAAGAGGUCAAAUAGUUGACCAAAGUGAGGGAAAUAACAGAUGCCUAUCACUUAAAUAAAUAUAUUUUUGUUCCCUUUUUACCUGUUGUGGUUUGUUUUAGAUAUCGAUCCCUCUCAUGGGGGCAUUCAAAUUCUAUUUUGAUUGUUAACUUAAACUGCUGCACAAAAAGAGAAUUCUAAAUCCACCCGGAGUUAUUACUAUCUGAAAGUGAAUGUCUCUUCAGACAUUGCAGUAAGGUCUUUCAAGAAAUUAGAGCAUUGGAUUUUUAUGAUUCCCUGUUUUAUUCAGUUUCAUUGGUGGAGCUUUAUUUAAUUGUACCAUAGAGCUGUAUGUAUACAUAAAUAUUAUUAUAUAUCAUAAGCUGUUGUGUGUUGUAGAAUUUUAAAUGGAUGUGUACCUACAUAGCUGCAUGCAAUUUUAAAUCCUUACAUUUUCUUCUUUGUUUCAUACUUUACUGGUUUCAUAAUUAAUUGACAUGUCUGUGCUUCUGUGAAUGUCUAAUUGGCAAGUAUAUGAAUAUCUAAGUUUUCUCUUGCCUGCUCCAACCAACAGCAACUGUCACCAGUAUUAUUCCUCUCAGAGUUUUUUUCUCUUAAUUUUAAAUGACUGGAGCCGAUGAGCUCGAACCAUCCCUUAAAUAAUGUGCUGUACAUCACUUUAAUUGGAUUAUGGGUUUUGUGAAAAUGUGCUUGCUGUAGAUAUGUGUAUACCUCUCAUUAUAUGCUAAUGCAGAGUAUGUAAAGAGAAGCGAGGCUUUGGACCAGGUCUUGUGUAUGCUGACACCAGCAUUUAGGACUGGCAGAAGUGUUGUAUCCUUUCAUUCAUAGGAGUUGUUGAUGACUGAUUAUCGAUUAGUAAUGCUCCUCGCCUGGCUCUGAUUCAAAGAUGCCUUGGCACAGUUUUGUGAAUGAAAAGUUUUUUAUUUUGAUGUGGAUUGUCUCUGGCCAACCACUGAAUUCAUUAUCAGAACGUAUUUACAUCUUAGGCAAGAAUGUUAAUCAGAACAGGGUUUCCUAGGCUUUGGGUUGAUUUUUCCUUAUGCCUGUUUAGGAGUGUUAAACGUCAUUACUCUCUGAACUGAUAAACGGCACAAUCUUCUACAUUAAUUAAUUUUUGAUGACAAUUUAUCAUUCAAAUGCUCUUUAUUGAAGGCCCUCUUUUGAACCUGAGUAGUCCAUAUUCUGAAUUUGUGGGUCAGCUGCUUAUUGUUCAGACCAAGCUCGUGUCAUUGUGGAAUGUGCCAUUCGGUAUGGUUUUAAAAAAAGAAAAACAAAUUGAAUAGAUGGAAAUGUUAUUUCAUAUUAUAUCUGCCAACUCCUGGUCAGUCAUUCCAAGAAACAUCAGGUUUAAUAGUUUUUAAUAAUGGUAUCUAUUAUUUUAUUAUAAGAUUUUGUGAUUUCUUUUCUUCAGUCAAAAAUUGAAUGUACUUUAAUUGUAAGCAAGUACCUGCACCAACCGGGUGAUGUGUAAUGUGUGAGUGAAUUCCAUCUUAAUGGAGAAGUGCUGAGACCCCCAUUCAUGCCACAAAAAAAAGAAAAGACUUUCAAAAAUUGAUUACAUUACUAGCUGUUAUAUUUUACUGCUAGACAAUUUAUGAAGACUGCAGUAGUGUUGAAAGGUCUUAGCUAGCAAUGUAAUCAGUUUUGGUGGCAUACAUAAUUGUGCACAAGUAUCCCCUCAAAUCUUUAUUCAAGUGUAGUGCAUGUGGAGGUUUUGUUUGACUUAAUCCUGUUUUCUUUGAAAAAGCGUUAAUCAAUAUGCCACUUUGGCAUCACUCUCUGUUUUCAGCGUUGCCUUGCCUACGUUCUUCGGCUAAUGCUGAACUUUCCAGGGUAUAUUGUACCUGAGCUUAAAGCCUCUUUUUAUCCUGUUGGUUUAUGCACUGCACUUUGUAAAGACGAUUGUGAUAAUUGCUGCAACUUCAACAUUUCCAUUUUUAUUUUUCAUCUCUGUUGUUUGUUGCAGCAAACACUGUGAAUACAACGUGGGGCAGAACUGAAUGUAGAUUUUCCUAUGUUGAAUGGGUGUCUCAAAUGUAAAGAUUUACUUCCUACCACCUUAUAGUGCAAAUGAAAAGAACUAUUGUGUAUGGAGUGCUGUUAGAUCUGCCUGAAUGUCGAUAUAUGUUGCACUUAUGUUACCAUCAUGCUUCAUGUCUUUGUAAUGGCAUAUCUUUGCCUCACUUUACCCCUCAUCAAUAAAUGUAAACAACACUCAUUCUCAUUGUACAGACUUUCCCUGUAACUAUAGCCUUUAGGUUUGAUUGACCCAUAGCAGUGCCACUUUCUCAUUAUACUUCAUUUUAUCAAAUUUCCACAAAAUUGUGAAAGGCAAGGCUUGUCAUUGUAGCAACUUUCAAGGGAAAUACUUCUGUCUGAGUUGGUCUGAGAACCAUUGAAUUAUGAACCAAAUCACCUGAAUUUAAUUCUUAGUGUUCUGUCAUAGUAAUGAAAAUGUAUUCUUUCCUAAUAGCUUCUCUCUUGUGAAGUCUACAUUAAAUUACGAACUGUGUUUCUGUCAAUUCACCAACCCUUAUCAUUUCUUAACAAGCACACUUCUAGUUAAAGCAGAUUAUGAUAGUGCAAUGGAAAUUGGAAGUUUUUGUAUCUUCAUUCAAGAUAAAUUAUUACAAUUUUGUCAAUAAUUCUUGUAUAUGAGAGUGCAUAAGCUAUCACUCUGAUCAUUUUCAAUUUAUUUCUGCCUGUGCCAGUUCAAGUUAAACUGUUCUGUAAGUUUAACUGUUCUGCCAUUCACUUAACAAAUUUUUGAGAAUCAUCCUUUAUUUAAAUGUCUAUUAAUUAUACUCUUAAAUAUAUGUGUUAGUAGCGUAGUCAGUGUAGAAUUAAAUGGUCAGAUCCAAUGCCUCUUUGUAGUCCUUGUUCUUGUUAAUAAGUACUCUGUGUGAAAAGAUUGGCGUUGCACUUUGUUUUGUUCAAUUUUAACAACUUUUUUUUGCAUGUAUUAAAAUUAAUGUUUAAAAAAAUAAAUAUGUCUCACUUUUGAAAGAUCAAU